AUGAAACCUUAUCAAAUUUUUUCGCGACUUGCAAGGACAACUUCCCAGCUACGUGUUCCAUCACGUACUUACGCUCAGUCUGCUGGCAUUUGGGCUGACCAAAAGGUCUCCAUGUCCAAUCUGGAGAAGGACAAGUACAUUAAUUACCAGAGGAUUGAAGACAACCUGGCCACGGUUCGAAAAAGGCUUAAUCGCCCCUUAACCUUGUCAGAAAAGGUCGUGUAUGGCCAUUUGGACGAUGCUGAAAACCAAGACAUUGUUCGUGGCAAGUCAUAUCUCAAGCUUCGACCUGACCGUGUGGCGUGUCAAGAUGCCACAGCACAAAUGGCACUUUUACAAUUCAUGUCGGCAGGACUUCCUUCUGUUGCUGUACCUACCACUGUUCAUUGUGAUCAUUUAAUCCAGGCACAAGUGGGCGGUGAACAAGAUUUGGCACGCGCCAUUGAUAUCAAUAAGGAAGUAUACGACUUUCUUGCUACAGCUUCAGCCAAGUAUGAUAUUGGUUUUUGGCGCCCUGGUUCAGGCAUUAUUCAUCAAAUCAUUUUGGAGAACUAUGCGUUCCCUGGUGGUCUCAUGAUUGGUACGGAUUCCCACACUCCUAAUGCUGGUGGCCUUGGAAUGGUUGCCAUAGGCGUUGGUGGUGCCGAUGCAGUGGAUGUCAUGGCCGAUUUGCCUUGGGAACUAAAAUGUCCCAAAGUGAUUGGUGUCAAGCUCACAGGUGAAAUGAGCGGCUGGACUUCCCCCAAAGAUGUCAUCUUAAAGGUGGCUGGCAUCUUGACUGUCAAAGGUGGUACAGGUGCAAUUGUUGAAUACCAUGGCCCUGGUGUUGAUUCUCUCUCAUGCACCGGCAUGGGCACUAUUUGCAAUAUGGGUGCAGAGAUUGGUGCCACAACGUCCAUGUUCCCCUUCAAUAAGCGUAUGGCUGAUUACCUUCGCGCUACCAACCGCUCUGACAUUGCAAAGUAUGCUGAAUCCUUCCAGCAAAAUUUGCGUGCCGAUGAAGGUGCACAAUAUGAUGAGCUCAUUGAGAUCGAUCUCAACAAGCUUGAGCCUCAUAUCAACGGUCCCUUUACACCGGAUCUCGCCACUCCAUUAUCCAAAUUCAAGGAUGAAGUCGCCAAGAAUGAUUGGCCAAAGGAGCUCAAGGUCGGCUUGAUUGGGUCAUGCACCAAUUCGUCGUAUGAGGAUAUGACAAGAUCGGCAUCCAUUUGCCAACAAGCGAUUGAUCAUGGCCUUAAGACCAAGUCUACAUUUACCAUCACCCCUGGUUCGGAGCAAAUCCGAGCUACUAUUGAGCGUGACGGCAUCAUGGAUACGCUGACUAAAGCUGGUGGCCUUGUGUUGGCCAAUGCUUGUGGCCCGUGCAUUGGACAAUGGGAUCGACAUGAUGUCAAGAAAGGAGAAAAGAAUUCAAUCAUUACCUCGUACAAUCGCAACUUUACAGGACGCAAUGAUGCCAACCCUGCAACCCAUGCCUUUGUAGCAUCGCCGGAAAUUGUUACUGCAUUUGCCAUUGCUGGUGAUAUGUCAUUCAACCCCAUGACGGAUUCUUUGACCGACGCUAAUGGCAAGGCUUUCAAGUUGCAACCUCCUACAGGCGAUGAGUUGCCAUCCAAAGGUUAUGACCCUGGUGAGAAUACAUACCAAGCUCCACCUGAAAACAGAACCCAAGUGAAUGUGGCAGUAUCGCCAACAUCCAACCGCCUUCAAUUGUUGAAGCCAUUUGACAAGUGGAACGGCAAAGACAUUACCGAAGUCCCAAUCCUUAUCAAGGUCAAAGGAAAGUGCACAACGGAUCACAUUUCGAUGGCUGGACCCUGGCUCAAGUACCGUGGUCACUUGGAUAACAUUUCCAACAACAUGUUGAUUGGUGCCAUCAAUAUUGUCAAUGGUGAGGCUAACAAGAUCAAGAACGUCUUCACUGGUGAAUUUGGUGGUGUUCCUGAUGUUGCCCGUGACUACAAGGCUCGUGGUGUAAAGUGGGUUGUCGUGGGAGAUGAGAAUUACGGUGAAGGCUCUUCUCGUGAGCAUGCUGCAUUGGAACCUCGUUAUCUCAAUGGUGCCGCUAUUAUCACCAAAUCAUUUGCUCGUAUUCAUGAGACCAACUUGAAGAAGCAGGGUAUGCUUCCUUUGACGUUUGCUAACCCUGCCGAUUACGAUCGGGUGAAGCCUGAGGACAAGGUCGAUAUUUUGGGUCUCACUGAUUUCCAAGAAGGCAAACCAUUGACCAUGCGUCUUCAUCAUCAAGAUGGAUCAACUGAAGAUAUCACUCUUAACCACUCUUUCAACGCUGGUCAAAUUGAAUGGUUCAAGGCCGGCUCUGCUCUUAACUUGAUGCGUGAAAAGACUGCAUAA